GAGAUGGUUAAUAAACUGCUGUUAUUAUCAUGGGUAUUAGAUUAAUGGUGUAGGUUGUGUCACUCUGUAGUUUCGUAGGACUAUUCGGCAAAAUUGUAUUGUAAUCAGAAACAUGCUGAAUAUAAGGAAUAUACUUAAAUGGGUUCCGAAUGGAAUUAGGCAUGUUAAAGGAGCGAAUUCACCCCACAACAUUCUGUUAUCAUGUCAGCGGAAUACCUUGUCACACACUGCUACAGGCAGUCCAACAAGUUUGUAUUUUCUCACAGAUGAAGAAAGGAUGAUGAAAGAAUUUGUUUCAAGAUUAGCUGCAGAGAAGAUUUCACCAUUAGUAAGAAAAAUGGAAGAAGAGUCAAAGUUUGACCCCAGAGUAACAGAUACACUGUUUGAAAGUGGAUUAAUGGGCAUUGAAGUUGAAACAGAGUAUGGAGGUUCAGGUCUGUCUUUCUUCACAUCAAUAAUAGCAGUGGAGGAGAUAUCCAAAGUGGACCCAGCUAUCGGUGUCUGUGUACACAUUCAUAACACAUUGGUGAAUGCCCUGAUAAGAGCAAUUGGAACUCCAGAACAAAAAAAGAAGUAUCUGCCCAUGUUAUCUAAAAGUGUGACUGGGAGUUUCUGCUUAUCUGAAUCCGAGUCGGGAACUGACGCCUUUUCCCUGAGGACAGCCGCUAAGAAAGAAGGAAGUGACUACAUUAUAAAUGGCUCAAAAAUGUGGAUAUCAAAUUCAGACAUUGCUGGAUUGUUCAUUGUCAUGGCUAACGCUAAUCCAUCUGCUGGUUACAAAGGAAUCACUUGUUUCAUUGUUGAAAGAAAUACUCCUGGACUGAGCAUAGGGAAGAAGGAAGACAAACUUGGUUUGAGAGCUUCUGGGACUUGCAUGGUUCAAUUUGAUAAUGUCAGAGUACCAGAAUCUAACAUUCUUGGUGAAGUUGGCAAGGGAUACAAAUACGCAGCAGGUUAUUUGAACGGUAGCCGCAUUGGUAUAGGAGCACAGAUGAUUGGCAUUGCUCAAGGUUGUUUUGAUGCCACCGUUCCAUACACAUUAGAAAGGAAACAGUUUGGAAAGAAAAUAUUUUCAUUCCAGGCAAUGCAACACCAAAUUGCCCGUGUGGCUACAGAAAUUGAAUGUGCUCGUUUGUUGGUGUACAAUGCGGCUCGCCUUUGUGAAGCAGGGCAGCCAUUCAUCAAACAGGCUUCGAUGGCAAAGUACUAUGCAUCUGAAGUGGCAGUUACGACGACAGCUAAGUGUAUUGAUUGGAUGGGUGGUGUUGGAUUCACAAAAGACUUCCCGCAGGAGAAGUUCUACAGGGACUGCAAGGUUGGAACUAUUUAUGAGGGAACAAAUAACAUUCAGCUUAAUACAAUUGCAAAGUACAUUGAACAAGACUACAGUGCGUGAGGAGGGAACGUAGCAAGCUGCCACCAAGUUCACAACAGAAGAUACGGCAAAAUCAGGUUCAUUGGAGAAUUAUAAAAGACUAUACAAAUCUUUUAGUCAAUAUUUUUUAUAUUCCUUUAUUGUUUAUGAAAUUAUAUUCUACAUGCAUUUAUAACAAGAAGUUGUUUCACA